GGGGCCACAGUCAAUACCAGGCCGGUGAGACGCCUCUCCUCGGCUCUCUCUCUCUCUCUCUCUCUCCCUCUCUCCCUCUGCCCUGCUCUUCACUACCUCUCUCUCUGCCUCUCUCUUCACCUGGCCGCCCAGCCAGCCUGGUGUCACCGCCGCCACCGCCGCCGCCACACACCACCGCACGUCGGCUCCCUCCACACCGCCACGCCGCUGCUGCGCCUUUCGCCACACGCUGCAAUCACGCCACCCACCCUUUUCCCUGUACCACCAACGGCACCACAACCUCCCGCCUCACGAGAUCGUCCACCCAAGCGCCCUCCCUCCUCCCCCUCCCCCGUACUCCUCUUCCCUCCCUCCCUCCCUCCCUCCCCCUCCCUAUCUCCUCUCUGCUUUUUAUAUCUCUACCACGACCGCGAGGAGCAAGGGCAGAAAUCAAGAAGCACCCGCCUCCUACUCCCACCCAAUCACCUGAGGAUCAUCCAGCACCUGCAGAACACUUAGUGACUAUUUGGCCGUUGAGAAGCACCACGGAGCAUCAAGCACCCGAGGAAUCCCUUUGAAGAACUUACCAGCCAAGGAUCAACCAGCACCCAAAGGAUACCUAAAAAGAUCUAGCAUAUGAGUGCUAUUUACGUGCUGUGUGCCUGUUACCUGAAUUGUACAUAGUACAUUAGGAAUACCUUACAUGCACAAACUGCCAAAAAAUAUCUUGUGAAAUACCUGAAAAGUUCCUAAGGAAUACCUAGUACUUACCAAGCACCAGAAAAAUCACCUGAAUUCCAAGGAACAUCACCAUCCAAGGAUAAUGUAGGUUCUCACCAGCAAUCACACAUUAUGUGCCAGAAAAGAUGUAGUUUAGCAAAUCACAAACAUCACAAGAAUAAGUGGAAAUAUCCUCCUACUUGUUAUUAUAAACUGGCAUCCACGACCCAUUAUCCACUAUGUCGUCUGCCCUCCCUUCCUCUAUCGCCUUGUUUCUCUUCCUCAUCCUUUUCUCCCUGAAACCUUCACUGUGCCAACAAGAAAUUGUGGUGCUGAAGCUGGCAGACGGUGGCACCAGCAAACCACUUCGCCUGUUGCCUCUUCACGACCAUAAAGACUCGGAGAUGCCAACUGCUGCUGCACAAUUAAGUCUCCUGCACGAGGAGGAAGUGUCUGCCAGCACACAAGAAGAUGAGGACAAGUCACAAAAUGCAAAUGUAAAGCAGCAAGUGACCCAAGAAAGUAUGACCAUAACCCCAAGUGGGAAAAGGUCAGUGCAACACGAGGGCCAGACAGAGGAUGCAAGAAGCUCAACUCCAGAUUCUGCUACAGGAGGUUUCCAGCCCACACUGAAACCAACAGAAACUAGCCCAGCAGUGAGAACAACAACAGCUUCUACAUCACCCACAGAGCUUCCAAACUGGACUCCAGAAAAUACCACAACACUUCCGUCUUCCACAAACCCCUCCCUGAGUACAGUGACGCCCGCACCACCCUCACUGUGCCACCAGGAAUGCCUGGCCGCCCUCAAUGCGAUCCGUCUCCAUCCUCACACCAGCCUCACACUGAGACAAGGGUCAGAGCUGACAUUGCGGUGUGAAGUCCCACUGGCUCCUCCAGUCGUUAUGGAAAGUGUAGUGUGGCUCUACCAGUCGGAUGACAUUGGCAAGGGGCAGUGUGCCCUCACUCCAAAGGAUUUCAUUCCACCAUGCCAGGGCUUCCAGACCAUCUCACACAUCAAUGACAUAAAUGCCACCUUAAUCAAGGAUACUAUUGGAGUGGGCAACCUGCAAGCAAACUACAGUGGCCAAUACAUGUGUCAGGUGCAAAUAACAUGUUGCCCUCGAAGUGAACAGGAGCAUGUGAUGAACCACGAACUAAGUUCUCGUGUCACUGUGUGGUUGAGAGACUACACAAUAGACCUUGCCAUCACUGGGUCCCUAGCAGUGGGACUGGUCCUCCUCCUGACUGCUGGCAGCAUCUACCUAGCUCGGCAAAACCAUGGCGACUAUGUGGCUAUCACGGACAAAACGCUGGACGUAAAGCCGAUGACAGUUCUCCACAUCCCUCUUGUAGAUGACCAAGACAAUGACAGUUUUGACAGUAAUUUUGAUGAGCAAGAAUAAGUCAUUAAUAUGUAUAUUAUAUAUUUAUAGGAAUGUAUACCUUUUAGCAGUCAUUAUGUAGUGAAAUAAAGUAUUAAAAUAUCUAA